AUGGACUGCAGUGUUGAAAAUAUACCCAUGCCCGAGGGACCAACGCCUCCGACGCAGCUCGAUUCUGAUGCAGGUCUGAAGAAUCUGGACGACCAGUUGCCUGAAGCGUGGCGUAAAGCGCAACGGGCACUGGAGCGCAUUCAGCCUCAUAUCGAUACGGUAGCUGCUGGUUCCGACACAGUUUCACAGAACAUAUAUGCAAAUUCUGCGCAGUCGCUCUUCCAGGCAUAUUCAUGGAUGUGA